AUGCUUAGUAAUAUAAAGCGAUGCAUCGUAAAUCAAAAUAUAGUGAGACAGUUUCAGUACAGACAGUAUGCCUCACACAGAUGGUACCCCGAUCCAACAUAUCUGAAGCAAUUUCAAGGCUCGACAAUGUACCCCACGCCAGAGUCCAAUAAAUACUACAGAAUGAUAUAUCAUUCCAAAUUAUGGCCUGUUGAACGCAAACUUCAGAACAUGGUCAUCAAUUUUGGACCUCAACAUCCAGCUGCUCAUGGUGUUUUGCGUUUGAUUCUGGAACUCGAUGGUGAGACUGUAGUCAGAGCCGAUCCUCAUGUAGGAUUUCUGCAUAGGGCCACCGAAAAAUUAAUGGAACACAAACAUUAUAAUCAGAGCCUACCUUUUAUGGACCGACUCGAUUAUGUGUCUACUUUAGCGAAUGAACAAGGCUUCUGUAUUGCUGUUGAAAGACUUCUUAAUAUAGAAGUCCCACCAAGGGCUAAAGCUAUCCGAAUUUUAUGCACCGAAUUGUCUCGCAUUGCUAAUCACAUCUUAAACGUGUCAGGCACAAUACUCGAUGCAGGCGGUAUAACACCUUUCUUUUGGAUGUGUGAAGAAAGAGAAAAAUUGUAUGAAAUCUUUGAACGAGUUUGUGGAGCCAGAGUACAUUGCUGUUAUUUCCGUCCUGGUGGUGUAUCACAAGACAUUCCUAUUGGUUAUCUUGAUGACAUUUACGACCUAUGUAGUAAGUUGGGAAUUCGUUUCGACGAAACUGAAGACUUGGCAACAACAAAUCGAUUAUUUUAUGCCAGGACUGCAGGCCUGGGUAUUGUAGAUGCAUAUGAUGCUAUGUCAUUGGGUUUUACGGGACCGAUGCUUAGAGGGAGCGGAGUUAAGUUUGAUAUGAGAAUUAACCACCCAUAUGAUGGCUACGACCUGUACGACUUCGAUGGCGUUGUUGGCACAUUCGGUGAUAUGUAUGAUCGCUAUCUACUACGAUACGAAGAAAUGCGUCAAUCUCUACGAAUUGUAAAUCAAGUUCUUGAUACAAUGCCUGAGGGUGAAUAUAAAACGGACGAUUCCAAAGUAUGCAUGCCAUCAAGAAAAGAAAUGAAAAUGUCAAUGGAAUCUUUAAUUCAUCACUUUAAGUUGUGUUCUGAGGGUUACCCAGUGCCACCUGGAGCUACGUACACUGCGGUGGAAUGUCCUAAGGGUGAGUUAGGGCUUUACAUGGUAUCUGACGGCUCGUCCAUCCCAUAUCGUGUGCAUUUGCGUCCAUGUUCAAUGAAUCACAUUCUUGGUCUAUCAGUUAUUGGUCCGCGUUUAAUGCUCGCUGACAUUACAAUGCUUAUUGCAUCAGUGGAUAUUGUUUUUGGAGAUAUCGAUCGCUAA